AUGCCCCACCGUAAGAGUGCUGCCACGAAACAAAAGAAUGAACAGUUCCGCAGUUAUUUACUAGCACCUGCGACUUUAGCUGCUCUAGAACACCUCACUGCUGCCGACAUCCUGUCUCAAGGGACUGCUCACGUUCUUCAGCACCGCAACACAACGCCAGCCCAUGAUAGCAGCGAAUCACAGACUGGUUCGUCACUCCGUCCAGUUAUCAAGCGCCUCCAGUCCGCCUUGAAGCAGGACCGCAAGAAUGCCGGCUAUGCUAACCACACCCAAAAACGUGGACUUAUUAAGUCCCUUCUCGGCCACCGCUCUCCACCAUCCAUCAGUGCUCAUAUCAGGAAGCAUGGCGACAACAUCGAGGAAGCCAUUCGGACCAGCGUCGCAGAGCUGGGUUUUGAACUCCUGCUUUGCGAUCGCCAGUCAGAUGAUUACAGGCAGUUCCAUGGUAUAGCUGUUGUUGAGCCAGGCACUCCGCGCAGAAAUAUAAAGCCACCCAACCAGCAGAUUCUAACAGUAACUCCAGAAUCUGGCUUUUACUUUGUGAAGCCUGAACAGAGUAUUGUGUUUAUCUCAAUUGAUUCAGCCGGAGUGAUUCGUGGUGUUGCCCUUGACGCGCCCUUUGCUAAACCCCUCUACGACUGGCUGAUGAGUGUUGUCGAGGCAGCGUGUCAUGUUCGCCGUGACUGCCGUCCAUAUCAUCAGGGCGAAAUGGUGCAGUGGGGCCUGAAUAUGGGUCCACGCCACCGCCAUAUCCUUGGAUGGGCCAAGAGCUUCCGGCGAAAGCUUUCUGAGCUUGCGUUGAAGGCCCUUGAUACUGAUGCUAUUGGAGCAACAAGUCUUUUCUGGGCUCUUGCCCGCACAUACCCUCCUGCUGAGGUUAUUGACCCACUCCAGGACUAUCUCGACAAGGCUGCGCUUCCGUCCAUGGGCACCCUCCAUGUCGCGUCAGGGUGUGGAUUCGCCAUCGAGGUCGAUGAUCUGAUAUACGACUUCAGCACUGCUCGCCGCGCCCCACCGGAAGGCCUGGCCACAUACCGAUACGCUUCGCCCGGGCACAGAGAUGGCUCGGCUACCGGCUGGGGCAUCUCAUGGUGCACUGGCUCUUGGGGCAACGAAAAAGGUGGUAAUGCUUACGUCGACCUCAGCCUUCGAGUUGUUGUGCUGCCCGCACGUGGUACCCUACAGGCUACACGGCCGCGGUCUUAUCAUGCGAGCACUACUGCGAUUGAGCCUGAAUCCGGUACUGCAGGGUUCACAAUUGUUUUCACCGACCGCAUAGACAAGGCUUAUCCGGAGUUCAUGCAUAAUAACGAGAUAGGAACACUGCUACCAUUUUCGCCAGACCAUACACAAAUUUAA